UGGCAAAUAGAAGGGGAAGAAAUGGAGGCAGUGAGAGAUUUUGCUUUCUUGGGCUCCAGGAUCGCUGCAGAUGGUGGCAGCAAAAUAGAGCCCAUAAUCCCAGGAUCUCUGAAAUGAACAAAUAAAUGCACAGGGUGGUCCAGAUUGAACUCUUCCACGGAUAAACGUUUGCCACGUCCAAAAUGGAAAGCAAGAGCAGAGCAGGGUCCUCCAAACAUCCGCAGGGGGUUGGGAUCUAGGCAUUCAGCUGCCCAAGGCACUUGCUAAGACCUAGAUCUGGGCUCCUUGGGGCAAAUGGGGGCGGGGAGGGCAGGCUCUAAGCGCAGCAGGAGAUCUGCCCGCAGGCAAAGGGAAGGGCAGGCUCGGUGCGCUCGGUUUUGCAAGGGUUAAAAGGAGCAGAGCUGGAUUCCUAGAGAGGAUGGGAAGUGAAGGGGGGGAAGGUCCUCCAUCGCUCAAUUCCCUCCCUGCCCCAUCCCUUCCUGCUUUCUUCUUUCUCCUUUCCCCUUCUGGAAUCCGGGUCGUGUGCUUUGAAGACGUAGCUGUUCCUUUCACAGACGAGGACUGGGCUUUGCUGGAUCCUGACCAGAGAGCUCUGCAGAAGGAAGUCAAGGAGGAGAAUCCUGGGAUCGUGGCCUCUCUGCUUCUUUUGGCUCCUUGACUCCUCAGGAAGGAUGAGUGAGACGGAUCCUGCAAAGCUAGAGGAGAUGGAAGAGGGAAGAUGGACGCAUGACCUGGUCCGGCUGUCUCCUGCAUCCCUCCCCACAACCUCUGAGCGUUCCCUCCCAGGGACCUCCGAGAGAUCUGAUGGUGAUGAAUCAAAAGGGAAGAACAAGGGAGACCACAACAGAAUCCACAUAGCAGAGAAGUCAGAUAAAUAUUCAGAGUGUGUAGAGAAGAUCCGUCAGAGCUCCCAGUUCACCUCCCAUCAAAGAAAGAGCUUCAUUCGAAGGAAUAGCCUCACUUCACACAAAAGAACACAGAGUAGGGAGAAAUCGUAUCAGUGCUUGGACUGUGGAAAGAGCUUCAGCCAGAGGGCCCAUCUCACUUCUCAUCAAAUAAUUCAUACAGGGGAGAAGCCCUAUCAGUGCUUGGAAUGUGGAAAGAGCUUCAAUCGGAAGGAUAGUCUCACUUCCCAUCAAAGAAUUCAUACAGGGGAGAAACCCUUUCAGUGCUUUGAAUGUGGAAAGAGCUUCAGUCAGCGCACCCAUCUCACUUCCCAUCAAAGAAUUCAUACAGGGGAGAAACCCUUUCAGUGCUUCGAAUGUGGAAAGAGCUUCAGUCACUCGGGGAAUCUCACUUCCCAUCAAAGAGUUCAUACAGGGGAGAAACCGUAUCAGUGCUUGGAAUGUGGGAAGAACUUUAGUCACCGCCAGAAUCUCGCUUCUCAUCAAAGAAUUCAUACAGGGGAGAAACUGUAUCAGUGUUUGGAAUGUGGAAAGAGCUUCAAUCAGAAGGGUCACCUCACUUCCCAUCACAAAAUUCAUACAGGAGAAAAACCCUAUCAGUGCUUGGAAUGUGGAAAGAACUUCAGUAAUAAGGUGAAUCUCACUUCUCAUCAAAAAAUUCAUACAGGGGAGAAACCCUAUCAGUGCUCGGAAUGUGGGAAGAGCUUCAGUCAGGAGGGGAAUCUCACUUCUCAUCAAAAAAUUCAUACAGGGGAGAAACCCUAUCAGUGCUCAGAAUGUGGGAAGAGCUUCAGUCAGGAGGGGAAUCUCACUUCUCAUCAGAGAAUUCAUACAGGGGAAAAACCCUAUCAGUGCUUUGAAUGUGGAAAGGGUUUCAGUCGGAAGGAUAGUCUCACUUCCCAUCAAAGAAUUCAUACAGGGGAGAAACCCUAUCAGUGCUUCGAAUGUGGAAAAGGUUUUCGUCUGAGUGGUCAUCUGACUUCCCAUCAAAGACUUCAUACAGGAGAGAAACCGUAUCACUGCUUGGAAUGUGGAAAGAGCUUUCGUCUGAGUGGUGAUCUGACUUCCCAUCAAAGAAUUCAUACAGGGGAGAAACCCUAUAUGUGCUUCGAUUGUGGGAAAAGCUUCCACAAUCUCACUUCCCAUCAAAGAAUUCAUACAGGUGAGAAACCCUAUCAGUGCAUGGAAUGCGGAAAGAGCUUCAGUCAAAGUGCCACACUCUCUUCCCAUCACAGAAUUCAUACAGGGGAGAAACCCUAUCAGUGCUCAGAAUGUGGGAAGAGCUUCAGUCAGGGGGGGAAUCUCACUUCUCAUCAGAGAAUUCAUACAGGGAAGAAACCCUAUCAGUGCUUGGAAUGUGGGAAAAGCUUUCGGGGGCAGGGAGGGGGUAAUCUCACUUUGCAUCAAAGAGUUCAUACAGGGGAGAAACCAUAUAAUUGCUUGGAAUGUGGAAAGAGCUUCAGUCACUGGGGGAAUCUCACUUCCCAUCAAAGAGUUCAUACAGGGGAGAAACCGUAUCAGUGCUUGGAAUGUGGGAAGAACUUUAGUCACCGCCAGAAUCUCGCUUCUCAUCAAAGAAUUCAUACAGGGGAGAAACCCUAUCAGUGCUUGGAAUGUGGAAAGAGCUUCAAUCGGAAGGGUCACCUCACUUCCCAUCACAAAAUUCAUACAGGGGAGAAACCCUAUCGGUGCUUGGAAUGUGGGAAGCGCUUCACUCAGGAGGGGAAUCUCACUUCUCAUCAAAGAAUUCAUACAGGGGAGAAACCCUAUCAGUGCUUCCAAUGUGGGAAAAGCUUUCGUCUGAGUGGUGAUCUCACUUCCCAUCAAAGAAUUCAUACAGGGGAGAAACCCUAUCAGUGCUUGGAAUGUGGAAAGAGCUUCAGUACGUGGGUGAAUCUCACUUCUCAUCAAAGAAUUCAUACAGGGGAGAAACCCUAUCAGUGCUUGGAUUGUGGAAAGAGCUUCAGUCGGAAGGAAAGUCUUACUACCCAUCAAAGAAUUCAUACAGGGGAGAAACCCUAUCAGUGCUUGGAAUGUGGAAAAGGUUUUCAUCUGAGUGGUCAUCUGACUUCCCAUCAAAGACUUCAUACAGGAGAGAAACCGUAUCACUGCUCAGAAUGUGGAAAGAGCUUUCGUCUGAGUGGUGAUCUGACUUCCCAUCAAAGAGUUCACACAGGGGAGAAACCCUAUCAGUGCUUGGAAUGUGGGAAGAGCUUUAAUCAAAGCGCACAUCUCACUUCCCAUCAAAGAACUCAUACAGGGGAGAAACCCUAUCAGUGCUUGGAAUGUGGGAAAAGCUUCCGGGAGGGCCACAAGGUCACUUCCCAUAAAAGAAUUCAUACAGGGGAGAAACCCUAUCAGUGCUUGGAAUGCGGAAAGAGCUUCAGUCAAAGUGCCACACUCUCUUCCCAUCACAGAAUUCAUACAGGGGAGAAACCCUAUCAGUGCUCAGAAUGUGGAAAGAGCUUCAGUCAGGAGGGGAAUCUCACUUCUCAUCAGAGAAUUCAUACAGGGGAAAAACCCUAUCAGUGCUUCGAAUGUGGAAAGGGCUUCAGUCGGAAGGAUAGUCUUACUACCCAUCAAAGAAUGCAUACAGGGGAGAAACCCUAUCAGUGCUUGGAAUGUGGAAAGAGCUUCCCUCAGGAGGGGAAUCUCACUUCUCAUCAGAGAAUUCAUACAGGGGGAAAACCCUAUCAGUGCUUCGAAUGUGGAAAGAGUUUCAGUCAGAAGGAAAGUCUUACUACCCAUCAAAGAAUUCAUACAGGGGAAAAACCCUAUCAGUGCUUCGAAUGUGGAAAGGGCUUCAGUCGGAAGGAUAGCCUCACUUCCCAUCACAGAAUUCAUACAGGGGAGAAACCCUAUCAGUGCUUGGAAUGUGGAAAGAGCUUCACUGAUAGCUCCAGUCUCACUUCCCAUCGCAUAAUUCAUACAGGAGAAAAACCCUAUCAGUGCUUGGAAUGUGGGAAAAGCUUCAUCUGGUACAGCUCUCUCACUUCCCAUCAAAGAAUUCAUACAGGGGAGAAACCCUAUCAGUGCUUGGAAUGUGGAAAGAGCUUCAGUCAGAGGGCCCAUCUCAAUUCUCAUCAAAUGAUUCAUACAGGGGAGAAACCCUAUCAAUGCUUGGAAUGUGGGAAGAGCUUUAAUCAAAGCGCACAUCUCACUUCCCAUCAAAGAAUUCAUACCGGGGAGAAACCGUAUCAGUGCUUGGAAUGUGGAAAGAGCUUCAGUCAGAAGGUGAAUCUCACUUCCCAUCAAAGAACUCAUACAGGAGAAAAACCCUAUCAGUGCUUGCAAUGUGGAAAGAGCUUCAGACUCAGGCACAAUCUCACUUCCCAUCAAAGAACUCAUACAGGAGAAAAACCCUAUCAGUGCUUCGAAUGCGGGGAGAGCUUCAGGGAGGGGGCCAGGCUCACUUUGCAUCAAAGAACUCAUACUGGGGAGAAAGCCUAUCAAUGCUUGAAAUGUGGGAAGAGCUUCAGGUGGAAGGCCAGUCUCACUUCGCAUCAAAGAAUUCAUACAGGGGAGAAACCCUAUCAGUGCUUUGAAUGUGGAAAGAGCUUCAGUCAAAGCAGCUCUCUCACUUCGCAUCAAAGAAUUCAUACCGGGGAGAAACCCUAUCAAUGCUUGGAAUGUGGGAAGAGCUUCGGGCAGGGGGCCAGCCUCACUUCCCAUCACAGAAUUCAUACAGGAGAGAAACCCUAUCAGUGCUUCGAAUGUGGGAAGAGCUUCAGGGAGGGGGACAAGCUCACUUGCCAUCAAAGAACUCAUACAGGGGAGAAACCCUAUCAGUGCUUGGAAUGUGGAAAGAGCUUCAGUCAGAAGAAGAAUCUCACUUCCCAUCAAAGAAUUCAUACCGGGGAGAAACCCUAUCAGUGCUUGGAAUGUGGAAAGAGCUUCAAUCGGAAGGAUAGUCUCACUUCCCAUCAAAGAAUUCAUACAGGAGAGAAACCCUAUCAGUGCUUCGAAUGCGGGAAGAACUUCCGGGAUGGGAGAAACCUCACUUUGCAUCAAAGAACUCAUACAGGGGAGAAACCCUAUCGGUGCAUGGAAGGUGGAAAGAGCUUCACUCAUAGCUCCCAUCUCACUUGCCAUCAAAGAAUUCAUACAGGGGAGAAAUUGUAUCAGUGCAGAAAAUGUGGAAAGAGCUUUCGUGUGAGUGGUGAUCUCACUUCCCAUCAAAGAGUUCAUACAGGGGAGAAACCGUAUCAGUGCUUGGAAUGUGGGAAGAACUUUAGUCACCGCCAGAAUCUCGCUUCCCAUCGCAGAAUUCAUACAGGAGAGAAACCCUAUCAGUGCUUGGAAUGUGGAAAGUGCUUCAAUCGGAAGGAUAGUCUCACUUCCCAUCAAAGAAUUCAUACAGGGGAGAAACCCUAUCAGUGCUUGCAAUGUGGGAAGAGCUUCAGACACAGUAAUACUUUCACUUUGCAUCAAAGAACUCAUACAGGAGAGAAACCCUUUCAGUGCUUCGAAUGCGGGAAGAGCUUCAGGGAGGGGGCCAAGCUCACUUUUCAUCAAAGAACUCAUAAAGGGGAGAAACCCUAUCAGUGCUUCGAAUGCGGGAAGAACUUCAGUCAGAAGGUGAAUCUCACUUCCCAUCAAAUAAUUCAUACAGGGGAGAAACCGUAUCACUGCUUGGAAUGUGGAAAGAGCUUCAGGGAGGGGGCCCAGCUCACUUUGCAUCAAAGAACUCAUAAAGGGGAGAAACCCUAUCAGUGCUUGGAAUGUGGAAAGAGCUUCAGUCAGAAGCCGAAUCUCACUUUGCAUCAAAGAAUUCAUACAGGGGAAAAACCCUAUCAGUGCUUGGAAUGUGGAAAGAGCUUCAGGGAGGGGGCCAAGCUCACUUUGCAUCAAAGAACUCAUAAAGGGGAGAAACCCUAUCAGUGCUUGGAAUGUGGAAAGAGCUUCAGUCAGAAGGCGAAUCUCACUUCCCAUCGAAGAAUUCACACAGGGGAAAAACCCAUUCAGUGCUUGGAAUGUGGAAAGAGCUUCAGUCAGAGGGCCCAUCUUACUUCCCAUCGCAGAAUUCAUACAGGGGAGAAACCCUAUCAGUGUGUGGAAUGUGGAAAGAGCUUCAGUCACAGGAACAGUCUCACUUCCCAUCAAAGAAUUCAUACAGGGCAGAAACCCUAUCAGUGUUUCGAAUGUGGAAGGAGCUUCACUGAUAGCUCCCAUCUCACUUCCCAUCACAGAAUUCAUACAGGGGAGAAACCUUUUCAUUGCCAUGAGUGUGGAAAGAGCUUUCAAAGGCUCACCCAUCUCACAACCCAUCAAGGAAUUCAUUCAGGGGAGAAACCAUAUCAGUGCUUGGAAUGUGGAAAGAGCUUCAGUCAGAAGGAAAGUCUCAUUUCCCAUCAAAGAAUUCAUACAGGGGAGAAAUUGUAUCAGUGCUUAGAAUGUGGAAAGAGCUUCAGUAAUCGCCGGAAUCUCACUUUCCACCAAAGAAUUCAUACAGGGGAGAAACCCUAUCAGUGCUUGGAAUGUGGCAAGGACUUCAGGCACAGUAAUACUCUCACUUUGCAUCAAAGAAUUCAUACAGGGGAGAAACCCUAUCAGUGCUUGGAAUGUGGAAAGAGCUUCAGACACAGUAAUACUCUCACUUUGCAUCAAAGAACUCAUACAGGGGAGAAACCCUAUCAGUGCUUGGAAUGUGGAAAGAGUUAUACUGAUAGCUCCCAUCUCACUUCCCAUCACAGAAUUCAUACAGGGGAGAAACCCUAUCAGUGCUUGGAAUGUGGAAAGAGCUUUAGUCAAAGUGCACAUCUCACUUCCCAUCGAAGAAUUCAUACAGGGGAGAAACCCUAUCAGUGCUUGGAAUGUGGAAAGAGCUUCGGGGAGGGGGCCAAGCUCACUUUGCAUCAAAGAACUCAUACAGGAGAAAAACCCUAUCAGUGCUUGGAAUGUGGGAAGAGCUUCGGGGAGGUGGCCAAGCUCACUUUGCAUCAAAGAACUCAUACAGGGGAGAAACCCUAUCAGUGCUUGGAAUGUGGAAAGCGCUUUAGUCAAAGUGCACAUCUCACUUCCCAUCGAAGAAUUCAUACAGGGGAGAAACCCUAUCAAUGCUUGGAAUGUGGGAAGAGCUUUCGUCAGAGUGGUGAUCUUGCUUUGCAUAGAAGAGUCCAUACAGGGGAGAAACCCUAUCAUUGCCUGGAAUGUGGGAAGAGCUUUAGUCUCAGGCACAGUCUCACUUCCCAUCAAAAAACUCAUACAGGAGAAAAACCCUUUCAGUGCUUCGAAUGUGGGAAGAGCUUCGGGGAUGGGGCCAAACUCACUUUGCAUCAAAGAACUCAUACAGGGGAUAAACCCUAUCAGUGCUUCGAAUGCGGGAAGAGCUUCAGCCGGAAGUCCACUCUCAUUUUCCAUCAAAGAGUUCAUACAGGGCAGAAGCAGAAACCGUAUCACUGCUUGGAAUGUGGAAAAAGCUUCAGUCAGAAGGGGAAUCUCACUUCCCAUCAAAGAAUUCAUACAGGGGAGAAACCCUAUCAGUGUUUGGAAUGUGGAAAGAGCUUCAGUCAGAAGGGGAAUCUCACUUCCCAUCAAAUAAUUCAUACAGGGGAGAAACCCUAUCAGUGCUUCGAAUGUGGGAAAAGCUUCAGCCGGAAGGACACUCUCAUUUCCCAUCAAAGAGUUCAUAGAGGGCAUAAACCGUAUCACUGCUUGGAAUGUGGAAAGAACUUCAGUCAGAGGGUCCAUCUCACUUCCCAUCGCAGAAUUCAUACAGGGGAGAAACCGUAUCAGUGCUUGGAAUGUGGAAAGAGCUUCACUCAUAGCUCCCAUCUCACUUCCCAUCGCAGAAUUCAUACCGGGGAGAAACCCUAUCAGUGCUUGGAAUGUGGAAAGAGCUUCACUAAUAGUUCCCAUCUCACUUGCCAUCAUAGAAUACAUACAGGGGAGAAACCCUAUCAGUGCUUGAAAUGUGGAAAGAGCUUCAGAAAGAGCUCCCAUCUCACUUCCCAUCAAAGAAUUCAUACAGGGGAGAAACCCUAUCAGUGCUUGGAAUGUGGGAAGAGCUUCAGUAACCGUCGGAAUCUCACUUUCCACCAAAGAAUUCAUACAGGGGAGAAACCCUAUCAGUGCUUGGAAUGUGGAAAGAGCUUCAGACACAGUAAUACUCUCACUUUGCACCAAAGAAUUCAUACCGGGGAGAAACCCUAUCAGUGCUUGGAAUGUGGAAAGAGCUUCAGGUACAGUACUACUUUCACUUUGCAUCAAAGAACUCAUACAGGGGAGAAACCCUAUCAGUGCUUGGAAUGUGGAAAGAGUUACACUGAUAGCUCCCAUCUCAUUUCCCAUCACAGAAUUCAUACAGGGGAGAAACCCUAUCAGUGCUUGGAAUGUGGAAAGAGCUUUAGUCAAAGUGCACAACUCACUUCCCAUCGAAGAAUUCAUACAGGGGAGAAACCCUAUCAGUGCUUGGAAUGUGGGAAGAGCUUCGGGGAGGGGGCCAAGCUCACUUUGCAUCAAAGAACUCAUACAGGAGAAAAACCCUAUCAGUGCUUGGAAUGCGGGAAGAGCUUCGGGGAGGGGGCCAAGCUCACUUUGCAUCAAAGAACUCAUACAGGGGAGAAACCCUAUCAGUGCUUGGAAUGUGGAAAGCGCUUUAGUCAACGUGCACAUCUCACUUCCCAUCACAGAAUUCAUACAGGGGAGAAACCCUAUCAGUGCUUGGAAUGUGGAAAGAGCUUCACUCAUAGCUCCCAUCUCACUUCCCAUCGCAGAAUUCAUACAGGGGAGAAACCCUAUCAGUGCCUGGAAUGUGGGAAGAGCUUUAGUCUCAGGCACAGUCUCACUUCCCAUCAAAAAACUCAUACAGGAGAAAAACCCUUUCAGUGCUUCGAAUGUGGGAAGAGCUUCAGGGUGGGGGCCAAACUCACUUUGCAUCAAAGAACUCAUACAGGGGAGAAACCCUAUCAGUGCUUGGAAUGUGGAAAGCGCUUUAGUCGAAGUGCACAUCUCACUUCCCAUCAAAGAGUUCAUACAGGGCAGAAGCAGAAACCGUAUCACUGCUUGGAAUGUGGAAAAAGCUUCAGUCAGAAGGGGACUCUCACUUCCCAUCAAAGAAUUCAUACAGGGGAGAAACCCUAUCAGUGUUUGGAAUGUGGAAAGAGCUUCAGUAAGAAGGGGAAUCUCACUUCCCAUCAAAUAAUUCAUACAGGGGAGAAACCCUAUCAGUGCUUCGAAUGUGGGAAAAGCUUCAGCUGGAAGGUCACUCUCAUUUCCCAUCAAAGAGUUCAUAGAGGGCAUAAACCGUAUCACUGCUUGGAAUGUGGAAAGAACUUCAGUCAGAGGGUCCAUCUCACUUCCCAUCGCAGAAUUCAUACAGGGGAGAAACCCUAUCAGUGCUUGGAAUGUGGGAAGAGCUUCACUCAUAGCUCCCAUCUCACUUCCCAUCGCAGAAUUCAUACCGGGGAGAAACCCUAUCAGUGCUUGGAAUGUGGAAAGAGCUUCACUAAUAGUUCCCAUCUCACUUGCCAUCAUAGAAUACAUACAGGGGAGAAACCCUAUCAGUGCUUGAAAUGUGGAAAGAGCUUCAGAAAGAGCUCCCAUCUCACUCGCCAUCAAAGAAUUCAUACAGAGGGGAAAAAGUCUUAUAAAUAUUCAGAGUGUGGAGAGAACAUCGGUCAGAGCUCCCAGUCCACCUCCCAUCACAGAAAGAGUUUCAUUCAGAGGGACAGCAUCACUUCACAUGAAAGAGAACAGAGUAGGGAGAAACUGUAUCAGUGCAGAGAAUGUGGAAAGAGCUUCAGUCGGAAGGAUCAUCUCACUUCCCAUCAAAGAAUUCAUACUGGGGAGAAACCCUAUCAGUGCUUCGAAUGUGGAAAGAGUUUCAGAAAGAGCUCCCAUCUCACUUCCCAUCAAAGAAUUCAUACAGGGGAGAAACCCUAUCAGUGCUUUGAAUGUGGAAAGAGCUUCAGCCAGGGGAUCUAUCUCACUUUCCAUCAAAGAAUUCAUACAGGGGAGAAACCAUAUCAAUGCCUCGAAUGUGGAAAGAGCUUCAUUUACAAGCUGAGUCUCGCUUCCCAUCACAGAUUUCAUACAGGGGAGAAACCUUUUCAAUGCCUUGAGUGUGGAAAGAGCUUCAGUCACAGGCAGGGUCUCACUUCGCAUCAAAAAAUUCAUACAGGGGAGAAACCGUAUCAGUGCUUAGAAUGUGGAAAGAGCUUCAGUCACAGGCAGAGUCUCACUUCCCAUCAGCGAAUUCAUACAGGGGAGAAACCCUAUCAGUGCUUAGAAUGUGGAAAGAGCUUCCGGGAGGGGACUAAGCUUUCUUCCCAUCAACGAAUUCAUACAGGGGAGAAACCCUAUCAAUGCCUGGAAUGUGGAAAGAGCUUUAGUCAAAGCGCGCAUCUCACUUCCCAUCAAAAAAUUCAUUCAGGGGAGAAACCAUAUCAGUGCUUCGAAUGUGGAAAGAGAUUCAUUCUCAGGCCAAGUCUCACUGCCCAUCAAAAAAUUCAUUCAGGUGAGAAACCCUAUCAGUGCUUAGAAUGUGGAAAGAGCUUCUUGGAGGGGACUACGCUCUCUUCCCAUCAAAGAAUUCAUACAGGGGAGAAACCCUAUCAAUGCCUGGAAUGUGGAAAGAGCUUUCGUCACAAUUCCAGUCUCACUUGCCAUCGAAGAAUUCAUACCGGGAUGAAACCCUAUCCGUGCUUGGAAUGUGGGAUGAGGUUCAGUCGAAAGGAUAGUCUCACUUCCCAUCAAAGAACACAUACAGGUCAGAAACCCUAUCAGUGCUUCCAAUGUGGAAAGAGCUUCAGUCAAAGCUCGAAUCUCAAGACCCAUCAAAGAAUUCAUACAGGGGAGAAACCAUUAUGGAGGCCUCCCUCUCUGAAAUUGUAUCAGUGCAGAGAAUGUGGAAAGAGCUUCAAUCGGAAGGAUCACCUCACUUCCCAUCACAGAAUUCAUACAGGGGAGAAACCUUUUCAAUGCCAUGAAUGUGGAAAGAGCUUCAGUCAGGAAACCCAUCUCACUUCUCAUCAAAGAAUUCAUACAGGGGAGAAACCCUAUCAGUGCUUGGAAUGUGGAAAGUGCUUCAGUCAAAGCACCAAUCUCACCGCCCAUCAAAUAAUUCAUACAGGGGAGAAACCUUUUCAAUGCCAUGAGUGUGGAAAGAGCUUCAGUCACAGUAAGACUCUCAUUUCUCAUCAAAGAAUUCAUACAGGGGAGAAACCGCAUCAGUGCUUCGAAUGUGGAAAGAGCUUCAGUCUCAGGCAAGAUCUUACUUCCCAUCAAAGAAUUCAUACAGGGGAGAAACCCUAUCAGUGCUUGGAAUGUGGAAAGAGCUUCAGUCACAGUGCCACACUCUCUUCUCAUCAAAGAAUUCAUACAGGGGAGAAACCGUAUCAGUGCUUGGAAUGUGGAAAGUGCUUCAGUCAGGUAAGCCAUCUCACCUCCCAUCACAGAAUUCAUACAGGGGAGAAACUUUUUCAAUGCCAUGAGUGUGGAAAGAGCUUCAGUCACAGUAAGACUCUCACUUCUCAUCAAAGAAUUCAUACAGGGGAGAAACCGUAUCAGUGCUUGGAAUGUGGAAAGAGCUUCAGUCUCAGGCACGAUCUUACUUCUCAUCAAAGAAUUCAUACAGGGGAGAAACUGUAUCAGUGCUUGGAAUGUGGGAAGAGCUUUCGUCAGAAAGGUGAUCUUGCUGUGCAUAGAAGAGUCCAUACAGGGGAGAAACCCUAUCGGUGCUUAGAAUGUGGGAAGAGCUUUAGUGUCAGAAACAGUCUCACUUCUCAUCAAAGAAUUCAUACCGGGAAGAAACCCUAUCAGUGCUUGGAAUGUGGAAAGAGCUUCAGUCAAAGCACCAAUCUCACUGCCCAUCAAAGAACUCAUACAGGAGAGAAACCCUAUCAUUGCUUCGAAUGUGGAAAGAGUUUCAGGCAGGGGCCUGAGCUCACUUCCCAUCACAGAAUUCAUACAGGGGAGAAACCCUAUCAGUGCUUGGAAUGUGGGAAGAGCUUCACUCAGAACGGUCGCCUCACUUCCCAUCAAAAAAUGCACAGUGGGAAGAAAGGCUAUCAGUGCUCAGAAUGUGGGAAGAUCUUCACUCGUAGUGCCACUCUCACUUCCCAUCAAAGAAUUCAUACUGGAGAGAAACCUUAUCACUGCUUGGAAUGCGGGAAGAACUUUAAUACAAUACCAAACUUCCAUCGACAUAAAAGUAUUCACCGUGAGGAGAAAUCAUAUCAGUGCUUGGAAUGUGGAAAGGGAUUCAGGUGGAAGAGUAGUCUUGAUUCCCAUCAAAUAAUUCAUACAGAUGAGAAUCCCUAUCAAUGCUUGGAAUGUGGGAAGAACUUUAACAGAAGCACAAGCUUCCAUCGACAUCAAAGAAUUCAUCUCGCGGAGAAACCCUUUAAAUGCCAAGAGUGUGGAAAGAGCUUCAGUCAGAGUACGAAAUUCGUUGCCCAUCAAAGAACUCACAGUGGGGAGAAACCCUAUAAGUGCUUGGAAUGUGGGAAGAGUUUCAGUCAGAGGGUGAAUCUCACAUCCCACCAAAUAAUUCAUACAGGGGAGAAACCUUUUCAAUGCCUUGAGUGUGGAAAGAGCUUUAGUCGCAGCUCCCAUCUCACUUCCCAUCAAAUGAUUCAUACAGGGGAGAAACCAUAUAAGUGCUUAGAAUGCGGGCAGAGCUUCAUUCAGAAGGCAAGGCUCACUUCCCAUCAAAUAAUUCACAGUGGGGAGAUACCAUUUCGAUGUCCAGAAUGUGGAAAGAGCUUCACAAGGAAGGAAGGUCUCAUGCUCCAUCAAAGAAUUCAUACAGGGCAGAAACCAUUUCAGUGCUUGGAAUGUGGAAAGAGCUUCAGUCGGAACUCCUAUCUCACUUACCAUCAAAGAAUUCAUACAGGGGAGAAACCAUUUAAAUGUCAAGAAUGUGGAAAGAGCUUCAAUCAUAAGGUAAGUCUCACAUCCCAUCAGAGAAUUCAUACAGGGGAGAAACCAUAUCAGUGCUUGGAAUGCGGAAAGAGCUUCAGUCACAGAGCCAAUCUCACAUCCCAUCAAAGAAUUCAUACAGGGGAGAAACCCUAUGAGUGCUUGGAAUGUGGGAAGAGCUUCGGUCAGAGGGUGCAGCUCACUUCCCAUCAAAUAAUUCAUACAGGAGAGAAACCGUAUGAGUGCUUGGAAUGUGGACAGAGUUUCAGCCAGAAGGCGAGUCUCACUUCCCAUCAAAAAAUUCAUACAGGGGAGAAACCUUAUCAGUGCUUGGAAUGUGGGAAGAGCUUCAGGACGACCAACCAUCUCACUUCCCAUCAGGUGAUUCAUACAGGGGAGAGACCAUAUAAGUGCUUGGAAUGUGGAAAGAGCUUCAGUCACAACCACAAUCUCACUUCCCAUCAAAGAAUCCAUACUGGGGAGAGACCUUACCAGUGCUUGGAAUGUGGAAAGAACUUCAGUUGGAAAGAAGGUCUGAAUUCCCAUCAAACAAUUCACAGCGGGGAGAUACCAUUUCGAUGCCAAGAAUGUGGAAAGACUUUCAGAAGGAGGGCAGGUCUCAUGGUCCAUCAAAAAACUCAUACACAGCACGAACCGUGUUAGAAAUGGGGAAACAGCUUCCCUUCCAAGAGGAGUCUAGCUUCCAAUGAAGAAAUCCAUACAGAGUGAAAGCAGAUCAGUGCUUGAAAUGUAGGAAAGGCUUUAAUAAAAGCACACACUUCCAUCAACAUAACAUUAGUCACCGAGGGCAGAAACUAUUUCAGUGCCAAGAAUAUGGAGGGAGUUUCAGUCAGAAGGAAAAUCUCACACCCAAUCAAAAAACUCACAGCAGCGAGAAGCCGUCUCAGCGCAUGGAAUGUGGAAAGAGAUUGGUUAAGAGGGCCAGUGUCAUCGCAAUAGGUAUAUAUAGGAUUUAAUUUGGGGAGACUUUGAUUAGUAUGCGGGCAAGGAUUGGAAGAAUGUUCUUGUCAUUCAGCAACGCAGCAACGGAAACUUGACCGGGGGGCAUUUUUGUCAGUGUCUCACGUAUAUCCUCAAGCAGGUGACCUUUUCUUCUUGCCCAACUGAAGUGUGGAAGAAAUAAGGAGUGUGUGUUGUGUUAGACUGGCAUCCGGCACUCUUCCCUGUGCCUCUGAGCCUUUGGACUUCCCCCUGGCUCCAAGCAGAGUUUCGCAACAGCGGUAUGUGCCCUGUGUGGGUGCAAUAAAUAACAGUCCGUACGCAAGCUUCUUCCUAAUCUAAGAAGCUUUAAUUUAUGUACAGCAUAGCAAAAUAAAUCAUCCGGGAGAAAGAGCAAACAUCCUCCCGUUUGUCAGCGGGAAACGAAAGUAACUCACACACAAAGAAACAUUCCCGUAUGUGAACAAGCCACACCUCAGUAGGCAGGGAUGAUGCACAGAACUGUUUAACCCUGCAAGUUCUGAUUUUCCUCACACACCCUCUCGUCCCACAUACUGAGGGAAACUGUAAGUACAACCACUUACCCCAAAACAACACUUCACAGAACUCCCCAUGAUGCUGGAAGCUCAAGGGGUUAGUGAACCCAUCUGCCAGGUUCUCCUGGCUUGGACAGUACUUCAGCCGCACCAAGCCUGCCUGGACACUUUGACACACAUUCUGGAGACAUAUGUCCAAAUGUUUGGUUCUGGACUUGACUCUGCCAACUUCAGGCAGGGUUGGUUGUCUUCCCAAACAGUAAUGAGCAAGCAACAAUCCCCACAGAUCUCUUGGACCAAACACUGGUAGAACUCCAAUUCCCUACACAAAUCAGACAACACACCAAACUCAGCUUCAGUAGAGGAAAGUGCAAUAAGACUUUGCUUUUGGGACUUCCACCCAACUAGAGAUUCCCCAAACUUCACUACCAUCCCAGACACCGAUUUUCUGUCUCCAAGAUUUGCCCAAUCGCUGUCAGUCCAGCACGUGAGUCAUGCGUCACCAUCAGCUGACAACGUGAGGCAAAAAUCUUUGGUAUCCUGCAAAUACCUUAGCACUCUCUUGAUGCCAAGCCAGGCACUCACACUGGGCUUUGUAGCCACCCGGCUGAGCGGGUUCACAGCAAACGCUAUGUCAGGUCUGCUCCACUGGGAGAGAUACAAACAGACUCCCAGCGCUCUUUGAACAACCAGGGUUUUGGAACUCAGAACGAUCCCCAAGCUGACUGUCCUUCACGUAGCUCAUCUCCAUGGGCGUUUUGACCCCUGCACAGUCAGACAUCCUGAACUUCUCAAGCAACUGCUCAAUCUUGCCUUUCUGACUGAGCAAAAAACUUCUGUUCUCAUACCUGUCUAUCUGAACUCCUAGGUAAACCUUUACUGGGCCAAG